AUGGUGCGCCGCCUUGCGGAGCGCAGGCCGCCCUCGUGCCGCCGAAGGCUCAGCAGCGGCAGUGGCGCCUCCAACGGCGCAGUCACCCCCGCCGCCGACGCGCAGCCUAGCAGACAGCUAUUCUCCAGUGCCUCCAGCAGAGGCUACUCGAUGCCGGCGCGGCCGCUCACUCGAAGGAAACGCGCAGCGACGAGGACGGCCCCGCAGCAACGCGGGUUCUCCAGAGAGCAGACACCUGCCAGCAACGCCAGCACAGGCAGUGGCAGCCAGAGCCCAGGCAGGCUGUCGGUGCAGUGCCUGGAGCUGUCGGCGACGCAGCAGCGGGUGAGGGCUGGCGCCGCCUGCCUGCUCGAACCUCGCGUCGUGCUGUCUGCCGCCAGGGCCUCUCGCAACAGGGGCUCGCGCCAGGCAGCGCAGGCCCAGAAUAGUCCCCAAGUGCAUACACGCAGAGUUGCCAACGGCGAAGAAGGCGGGAAGGCGCUGGAUGCCAUUGACAUUGCCAUCAAUGUGUGCCAUCUGUCGCCGAAAUGCCGCGGGGGGCAGGGAGCACGGAGAGAACAGCAGCAGCGGCAGCAGCAGCAGCAGCAGCGGCAGCGAGGCGGACUGCAGCUUGUGCCUGCGCAGCCACUCGCGCUGCAGUGCACGCGCCUGCAGCUGGCGCCGCGCAGCCGCCCUCCCUCGCAGCAGCGGCCCACGCCGCGCCGGCCCUGA